UCUUUUGCUUUCCGUUCUUUAUUCUCCAGCACUUGACACUUCGAAAAGAACAAAUAUUCGGCCUCGUCGGUGUUUUUUCUUUGGGUGCAAUAACCUUAAUAGUCAGUCUCGCACGCUUCAUCGCGUAUAAUGUCACGGACUUUGGACUUGAUGAUGCAGUUGGCAGUAUGUGCUCCUCUUACCUCGCGUACCCUCACGCCACUGCCAAAGCUGGCAAAGGACGAUUACGGAUUACAUGCACUGACCUUUUCAAGAUACGCUAUGCACCGCAGAGAUGA